GUAACAUGUUACUAUUGUGCGCCGGCCUCUGUUUGGGUUGUCAGACUUUGAAGGUUUCAACAAUGAGAUAGACAUGGCAGUGGGACAAACAAACAAGAUAAAAUAGAAAAGAUAGAGAGAGAAAAGAAGAGCGAAAAAUAAAAAAAUAAAAAGAAAUAAAAAAGAAAACCCGUUUCCCAAAUUUGUUUCUCUCAAUUUUCAACCAACUUUGAUAAAUCUUCAUUUUAUCUCUCUCUAUCUCUUUCAUUUCGCUUUUUCUUCUUGUUAUUUUUUAUUUUUAUUUUUUAGGGUGUUUUAUUAUCUAUAACAAAUAACGCAUCAAACAAAAUUAUUCAGUCUUUCUUUGUGGAUUACUUUUGUCUAUCUGAGAAGUUUUGGCUGUUUGAUUUUCAUUUCUACAGAUUUAAAGCCACCCUUUCUUUUUUUUCCCCUUUUUUUUCUCUCUUUCUUUUUAUCCUCUUCAGCUACAAAAUUCAUAAAUAACUAUCUUUAUUUUAUUAGAUUCAUAAUUCAAUCUGGGUUCCUUGGCUACCUUGGGUUUGUGAGAUUUUUUUUUUUUUUUUUUUUUGAGGUUGUCCCCCAAAAAAAAAAAAAAAAAAAAAAAAAAGAAAAAGAAAAAAGAUGAUGAUGAUGACAAUGGAGGGAAUGAUGGAUAAGAAUGUAUUGGAAGAUAUAAUAAGGAGGUUGUUGGAAGGGAGAGGAGGGAGACAGGUACAGCUUUCGGAAGGAGAGAUCCGUCAACUCUGUGUCAACGCUCGCCAAGUAUUCCUUUCUCAGCCAACUCUGGUGCAGGUUCAUGCUCCUGUUCGCAUCUGCGGUGAUAUACAUGGACAAUACCUAGAUCUAUUGCGGCUAUUUGAGUAUGGUGGCUACCCUCCUUCUGCAAACUACCUGUUUCUAGGGGACUACGUUGAUCGAGGCAAGCAAAGUUUAGAAACCAUAUGUUUGCUUCUGGCCUACAAAAUAAAAUAUCCUGACAAAGUUUUCCUCUUGAGGGGAAAUCAUGAAGAUGCAAAGAUAAAUCGGAUUUAUGGAUUCUAUGAUGAGUGUAAAAGGAGGUUUAACGUUAGACUUUGGAAAAUUUUUACUGACUGCUUCAAUUGCUUGCCUGUGGCUGCACUCAUUGAUGAUAAGAUUCUUUGCAUGCAUGGGGGUCUUUCUCCAGAGUUGCAAAAUUUGGAUCAAAUAAGGGAAAUUACAAGGCCUACUGAUAUUCCAGAUAGUGGUCUUCUCUGCGAUCUUCUUUGGUCUGAUCCUGAUGGUGGUAUUGAGGGCUGGGCAGAUAGUGAUAGAGGUGUUUCAUGUGUUUUUGGAGCUGACAAAGUUGCUGAGUUUUUGGACAAGAAUGAUCUUGAUCUCAUUUGCCGGGGGCAUCAGGUGGUGGAGGAUGGUUAUGAAUUUUUCGCUAAAAGAAGAUUAGUCACAAUAUUUUCAGCUCCAAACUAUGGCGGGGAAUUUGACAAUGCAGGUGCUUUGUUAAGUGUUGAUGAAGCUCUAGUAUGCUCUUUUGAGAUAUUGAAACCAGCGGAAAAUAGAGCAUCACCUAGUGGUUCUAAUACAUCCCGAGUAACUCUCAAGAAGCCCCCUAAACUUGGAAAGCACUUAUAAAAUGGAAAAAUAGGAAAAGAUCUAAUUACCAAGGCGCUUUGUUUCGGUUCGAUUAGGAGAUGGAACGAGCUCUACAAAUGCUACAGUUCGAAUUCCAUUAGCAAAUGGGCUUGAUAAGAAGGAAUUUCAGUCACGGUUUAAACCUCCAUGAUAUUGAAGCUUGCAGAAUGACCUAAUUGCACAGACGUCUUUUUAUGAAAUCUGUAAAUCAGAGUGUCCGUAUGUUAUUUUCCCUUUGCAGGGAAGUUUUUUUUAUUAUUAUUAUUUUUUUGGGUUUUUUUGUUUUUUUGUUUUUUUUUUUUUGUUUUUUUUGUUUUUUUUGUUUUUUUUUUUUUUUGUUUUUUGGGUUUUUGUUUUGGGUUUUGGCACCCUUUCUUUAGUAUUUACUUCAUGCAUUUACCCAAGUUAGAGUGCGAUUUGUGAGUAUAUAAAUUAACAAAAUUCCUGCAUUGGUUUUUC